CGCGUUUUCUUCAAUUGGGAGCAUCAUCAUCAUCACAGUCGGAAAAACAAUAUGGCGUCUAGUGUUUAUUAUUAUCAUUAAGGAAAAAAACAGUGCGUCUGUGUAGGAAAAACGCGUUGUCGAGAAAUAGAUUAAUCAAGGCACAAAAGAGGUGCACUUCGUUCUGUAUAUGGACGACUGCGGAAGAUGUACAAGUGACAUAUUCCUAUUUGUGCCUUUGGGGCGUUUGCGCUCCUUAGCGGGAAAAACUUAAAAAGUUUUCAAAUGUCAAAAGGAGAGAAUCAUGGAGUGAUGCAGAAUCUUUAAGAAGGAACGAAGAGCAAGAUGCCAACUCCUGGAAGAGGACCAGGUCGACCUCCCAAGAAUCCACGUACUUGUACCUGGUGUUCAGAAGUCAAGUCCCAGCUGAAGUACGUCUUUCCAACAAGUUCAGGAAAAAGGGAAUUCUGUUCAGAGAUGUGUCUUUCUGAAUAUAGGAAAGCCCUUAUGAAGGGUACCUGUGCAAAUUGUUCAAGUGUAAUUAGAUCGACACCUGUCAAGUGCAAUUCUUCUUCUGGGCGUCGACGAGAACUCUGUAGUAAUGAGUGCCUUAAGGCCUGGGCAAGAAGAGAAAAGGAGGAAGAUACUGAAGAAGAGGCUGGAGUUGCCUCUUCUGUAUCAACAACUGCAAGCUUGUCACCUUCAUCUGGAAAUGGAGUUUCUCCAUCAGACAAAGCUGCCCUUGGCGGCAUGGAGGCAGCAUCGGGUAGGAAAGGAAGGGGUUUGAGUGCUGCUGCCCAAGCCCAGAUAGAAGCUGCAGCUGAAUUUAACUGGGACAUCUACCUCAAGGAAACCAGUGCUGUACCAGCGCCAGCCAAAUGCUUUAAACAGCAUAAAGUUCCACCAAAGAAUGAAUUCAAGAUUGGUAUGAAACUUGAAGCCUUAGACCCUAGGAACCUAACCUCUACUUGUAUAGCAACAAUUGUUGGUACUCUAGGGCCAAGGUUACGGCUCCGCCUUGAUGGAUCAGAUAACAAAAAUGACUUUUGGCGUUUAGUUGAUACAAACAAUGAGAUUCAUCCAGUUGGUAAUUGUGAAGAACGGGGAGGAAUGUUACAACCUCCAUUAGGAUUUCGUAUGAAUGCAUCUUCUUGGCCAAUGUUCCUUUUGAAAACAUUGCAUAAUGCAGAGGUUGCUCCAGCACACAUAUUUCGCACUGAACCGGCAGCUCCUCCGAAGAAUUUCUUUGAAGUUGGAAUGAAAUUAGAGGCAGUGGACAAGAAAAAUCCUCAGCUGAUAUGUGCUGCUACAGUUGGAGCAGUAAAUGGAGACAUGAUUCAUGUAACAUUUGACGGUUGGAGAGGAGCCUUUGAUUACUGGUGUCGAUAUGAUUCACGGGAUAUUUUUCCUGUUGGUUGGUGUGCUAUGUCUGGUCAUCCAUUGCAACCCCCUGGACAGAUGUUUUCUACAUACUGGCAAAUCGUUGUUUCAGGGGGACCUCCAAGUAGUCGUUACAAAGCAAGGGUCUUGAAUGUCCCACCACAAAUGGCCAGUGCAAAGUCACCUGAAGUAGUUCCAGCCAAGAGUACUGCUUCCACUUCUUCACCUGUCAAGUCAGGCAGUAGAACAAGACCUCGUUCCUCUUCUCCACCACCAUCAUCACCCCCAGUCAGUCCCACACCACCUCCCCCUCCUCCUCCUCCUCCAGACAUAACUGACAAGUCUGCAUCAUUAUCAUCAUCACCAUCAUCGUCAUCAUCAUCAUCGUUGUCAUCCUCAUCAUCAUCAUCAUCAUUGUCUUCAUCAGCACCUACGACAACAGUAACAGCAUCCUCAUCUGGAACAUCCAAACAAACAUCCGUGUCAGUAAAGUCACCUUUAAAUAAAACAACUGUGUCAUUGUCAUCUUCGUCGUCUACAUCUACAACUACAUCUACAUCAUCUACGCCUUCCCUCUCAUCUGUGCCAUUGUCGUCAUCCUCAGAGAAACCUUCUCCUUCAGCAGUAAGUAAACCAGUAUCAGCAUCUACUAAUAAGCCUUCAACUGUCUUUAAUAAGCCAGCAGUUUCUUCUUCAUUACCAUUAAAAUCUCACCCGUCACCAACAUCGUCAUCAUCAUUACCCUCUACUAAGUCAUCUUCAUUCUCAUCCAAGGCGGUUACGUCUUUGUCAUCAUCAUCUGCCACAUCUACUGCACCUUCUCAAAAAGUAACAGUACCAUCAUCAACGAAAGUAACCUCACUCUCCUCUAAGUCUGCGUCAGUGUCAUCAAUUUCUCCUGCCAUGUCAUUACCCAUAUCAUCAGCAUCAUCAGGGUCACAUAAAUCCACUGCGGGUUCUUUAUCUGCAGUAACAUCCAAUAGUAGCCAGUAUAACACACCAGCCAUUGUUACAAACACAACGUCAACUGCUGCCAUAUCAUCUACCCUUCAGACAACUCCUUGCUCUUCAACACCUAGAUCUUCAGACCCAUCAAUUUCAGUAUCAUCGUCAGAGAAACCAGUAACAGGUUCAAGUGGCAUUUCCAAAGUGCCUAUGCCUACUCAGCAGAAAUGUAUUGUUACUGAGCCAGACACUUCAACUGUCCACAAACUGAAUGCAUCAGUUGUCGUGCAUGUCAACCAUGGUUGCACCUGUGGACCUUAUUUAGAUGCUGGCAGAGUAGCAGAAUUGCCUUUGCAGUUUGGACCAGGAAGCCUCAACCGGGUGGUGAGGGAAAGUGUCCAGGCUCUUAUUGAUGCUGCUCCAGACCCAAGAGCAGUAUCUGCUUUACUACCUCAGGGUAAUGGCAAAGUCAUUAUUAAAGUUACAGUUGAUGGUGAAACUGAAACACACAGAUUGCCACCUCUUGAGAAAGUUGAAGACUUUUGGACGUCAUUAGAAAACUUGUUUGAGGAUUUAAUGACUUGUGAAAAUUUUUACACUCAACAACCAAUAUCUCAAUGUACAAAAUGUGCACGUCAGAGUCCAGCACAAUUCAAAAGAGAUCAAGAAGCAGCUCAGGUCAGUGGAGGUGUGAAAAGAGAGGCACCUGAUGAUAGUGGGGAUCUUCUUAACCCCGCAAAAGUAGCUAAAAGGGUUUUGCAAGAGCCUUGUCCAUCAUCUGUUAGUGAACCAAGUCAAAUAUCCAGACCCAGAGGUGAUCCAGCAGAUUGGACAGUGGAAGAAGUCAUCACUCACAUUGCUGCCACCGAUCCAGCUUUAGCUAAUCAUGCUGAUCUGUUCAGGCGACAUGAAAUCGAUGGAAAAGCUCUUCUCUUACUGAAUUCUGAAAUGAUGAUGAAGUAUAUGGGCCUGAAACUAGGCCCAGCCUUAAAAAUUUGCAACCUGAUCAACAAAAUCCGUGGAAGAAAACACUUGGUUACAUAAUUUUAUUAAUCCAUUCACCACUUUUGGUGAGAAACUUUUUCCUAGUGCACAAAAGUUGUAGUAGCACAUUAUCUUGUGAAGUCUUAUUCUCUUUAGUUUCAUGGAAUAUUAAUAUUAGACACUAGAGGUUACUUUUUACAAAGCAUAUUAUGUCUGAAAUUUAUCUAGUGUUGAGUAGGUUACAAAGCAUGAAAUGACACAGUUAAGUUAGAGAAAUUAAGUUAUUCAUGUUUUGUUUAGUAAGAUAUCCAUGGAUCUCAUAACUCAUGAUUUGAGGCUUGCAUUCUUCUUGUCUUGAUGGUGUCAUUCAUGUUGAAGUUACAAAGUUGUGUAGCUACUUCAGUGUACUGUAUUUUGAAGAUUACUGAUUGAUGAUUAAAAGCUGAGAGUAGCAGUAAGCGAACUUUGCAGCAUUGCCCACGACAAUACAUGAAGUUAGACCUCAUUGUUAAAAGCCCUCAGGAUGUAGAUCAACUAUUAAAAUAGUAUUAUGAAUACUGUAAUUCAUCUGAUGUUUGAUCUAUAUCAGCCACUUAGUGAAUGUAAAUCCUGGUGUUGACCUUUUAGUUUAUUAGUUCCUUUUGUUCCAUUUUGGAUUGUGACUGAUGGCAUUAUGUAGAGAGCUAAAAGACAUGUCCUAUAUAUAAUGACAAUGAGAAGCCCUUCAUCCUUAUUUAUUUUUGUGUAAUCAUGAUAUAAAAAAAAUUGGAGGGAAGCAUCAGGUUGAAGGAGCAAUGGAUGCCUUUAUUACUUCUAUACAUACAAUUCUUUUAUCAUUUAAAAAGUCCAGUUUUGUAUUGUAAAACUGUACUAGAUUACUUAAGGGUUAGUUUUAAUGGUACAGUAGUUGCAAUAUAUACUCCUUGUAAGGCAUCAUUUUAAUUGAAGCAUUGCUUUAUAUUGGUAUCUUUAGAACACGAAGCCAUUUGUUUCACUAUAGUUGGCUAAAGUUUAGGAGGUAUGAGUUACAAUGGAGUCCACUGUAUUUAUAUGAAUAUAUACCAUUACAUAGAAAUAUGCAUGCACAUAUAUUUGCUUUGGAUGCAGCAUGGCCUAAAGAAUAUUUUUUGUAUCGUACAUAUAUAUAAAUAUGUGUUUAUCCUGGGCAGAGCUCCUUGCCUUAGCUCUUAUACUACUAGAUCACCGGAGCUUUCGAAUUUGGAUAACAAGUUUUAUGAUGAUGUUGGGGAGCCAUGAGGGUUGUCUCCCUGUUUCACAGUUGGAAGUAGCUGUUUGGAUACAUAGAAAUUUUUGUUGGUGUGGUAUUUUGAAAUACCUACUAGUUUUCAAAAACCAAUUGUUUUGUUUUAGAUCAGUAGAAUUUAUUUUCUAUUUUGAAACACCACUGCAGUAGUAGUAAGAAUACCUACUGUAGAGACUUGUAUGAAACAAUGGAUAUGUAAGUGCAUCUGAAGAUACAAUGGAACAGUUUUUGUCAAACAAUGGUGUAUCCAUUUAUAAAAGCAAUGUUCAUCUUACAUAAUCAUCCAUUAUUGUUAAUGUAUCCAGUGGAGUGGAGAGGAAGUUUGAAGUGUUGCUUAUGGAUAUCAGAUGAAUGCAGUGCAGGAAGUGUUUCACUAUUACGGGUAAACUCUUUAGGGCAUCGCUGAUUUUGUUAAUGUUCUAUGCAAAUUAAUUUCAUUUGUGCAGAUAAUAGAUAGGUAAUUCUGAUCGCAUAUCAAAGUUGAUUUAAAAAAUUGUAGAUUAUGUAAUUUUGUUAGUAGUUCAUGUUCCUUUUGUAGUCCAUCAUAUUUGUGGGUAGUGAUUAUAACUUAUUGAUAGUAAUACAGUAAUAUAUAGUUGCUGCUACCACUAUUACUCCUGUUCAUCUUUCUUUUGUAAAAGUUGGGAUUACCCCAUGAUAGAUUUCACCUUCGAUAGAACUUUGACAGAAUUGCUUUGCCCCAUGAAAGUAGCCCAUUAUUAUGGUAGUGCUCCAGUUUGGCCAGUGUACAGGUCACACACUUGGACGUGGCAUUCAUCAAGUGAUAUUUUAUGUAGGUCUUUUACGUAGUGUAGAAAUUAAGUUAAAGCCUUAACGGCUAAAAUCACUGAAGUACAAGAUACACCGUGCCAAGUGCACACAUUUGUUAAGUCUUGCUAAUAUUCAUUAGUCAUUAACAUAUGCUGUACUGUGUUGAACACAUGGUUUGUAUCCCACAAUCAAGGAAUUUUAUGAGGCUAAGAACAUACUUUCAUAUCGAAGUAUGCCUUAUGUGCAAAACUACGGAGUAUUUAUGUACAACAGUUGAGCUAAGAAGGUUAUAAAUAGUUUGUUCUAGCUCAGGAGUAACUGUCAUCAAGUUUUUAUGGAAGUGAAAGACUCAAGAUGUGUGAUGUGACCCCAAGAACUUUACUUGUAAAUUUCGUCACAGGCUUGAUUGUAGGGAGAGAAGGUUUCGUGACUUCAUUUGUACAGAAUUGUUAGGGAGUUAGCAGGAAAAUUUUGCAAUUUCCCCCCUGUCCAGUUGGGGGUUCAAAAUUUGUGAUAUUAGAAAUAAGUUAGUCUAUUUAAGAGUCAUCAUUUGGAUGAAAAUCAUACCGAAGCCUUUGGGUUAAUGAGGCCUUUUUAUUUUUUCCAGUUUCAGAUGGUAUUUUGCAUCCUCUUUUACACUAAUCAUCAUUGAGUUUUUAUUCAGCCACUCUUCUACCAUUGUAUGUAGCAUGAAUCUGAAAAUGUAUGUUUUUGUGCAAGUUUCAGGUACAUUCUCUCUCUCUCUCUCUCUCUCUCUCUCUCUCUCUCUCUCUCUCUCUCUCUCUCUCUCUCUCUCUCUCUCUCUCAAUAUUAUAUUCUUUAGCUCUUCCUUAAUUAUUAAAUGAUGGCAUGAGAGAAAUGAGUGUGUAAAACAAGUAUACAAGAAUUUUUAGGCUUGCCUAAUUGUAUCCUUUCAUACAAAUUACAAACCUAUUAUGUACAUGAACGUGUAGUAGUGCCAAUAUGAAUAGUUAUGGUGGGAUAUCCAGAGUUGAAUAGUUGUUUAUAGUGAACAAAGCAGUAGAUAAAAGGCAGUUGUAAUCUCUUUACUUUAAGGAGGAGCCCCAUCCUGCCAACAAAUUACCCUUUGGUGUUUGGAUUCAACCUUUUGGCACCAUAGGGUAUAGGUGGGUGAAGACCCAUAAUCAAUGUCAUUCCUACAAGAGUCCAUUCACUAAAAUAGCUCCACUUUGAAUUUCACUGGCCAUGGUUGCACUGGAUUUGUUUUCUGGCAUGUUCAUAUAAUCUCUUCUUGAAGCCCAGUUGAUGCAUCGUUUGUAUGAAAAUUACGAAGUGAGCUUAUGUUCAGGGGAUAUCCAAUCUGCACUGCAAAAUGCUAGACUGCACUCAGUACGUUAGGCUACAAUUCACACAUCAAAGUAAUUAUUAAUAUAGGUUAUUAAAAUACAGUAUACAGUACUGUGGUAGGCUGCAAAAAAUUUGCACAUGAAAAUAAGAGUAGUAAAAAUAUAGUGAUGAAAAUAAACUGAAAAAGUAUAAAUUUAAUACAAUAUAUAGAACAUUGCACUCUGAACUAUUAAGAGUUUAAUUAUACACAACUAUUUGUAAUGUUUUCUUUAUUAGAUGCUUUAAAUAUGCUACAGUAUUAUUUGCAAAACCAUUUUCCAGACAUUUAUUUUUAUCGCAAAUAGCUGUGCAUAUUCUUGAUUGGGAGUGGAUGGGGAGAGGAAAAAAGGAGUGAAACUGAUGAUUAAAAGUAAAACAGAAUCUAUCAUUGAUAUGCACUUAAAAAUCAUAAAAAAGAAAAUUCACAUUCUUGGUAUUGAACAAAUAUGUACUUCAUUACCAACAUAUAAACCGCUUGUGUUAUGACAUGUAACCUGCUGAAUGUAGUGAACAUGGUUAAUUAUAAAUAUGAGAAAAUAGCACUUUUGUAUCAUUUAUCUGUAAUGGCGGAAUUUGGAGUUUUCUAACAAGUUGUUAUUUUUUUACAAUACAGUUUUCAUGUUAGGAUGUAUACAAUUAGUAGCUGCUUAAAUGUAAAUGUUCUCAAUGGAAUGGAGUUGUCAGUUGAUGUGAUGAAUGGUAAAAAUGACUGCAACUUUAAAAAGAGUUGUACCUAUCUGGUAUUUGCCAUUUUAAGCUGCUUGUUACCUCUCCCUGUGAAAAUUUUUAAAAGUAUCCCUUAUUGUAUGGCUGUGUAAUCUGAUCUGUUGAAAGUGAACUCACGUAAUUAAGUUUUAACUGAAUGAUUUGUGAGGGGGUACUUAGUGUUUAUUGUUCAUCAUUAUAUUUUUUUUCUGUGAAUUUGAAAUGCAUAUGUGACCUGUUAUACUAUAUAGUAUUUUAUAUCUUAAAAGGUCAAAUUAUAUCAAGUUAAACUAUGAUAAUGUGUGAACCACAGCAGUUUUGUGUAGUUCAAGAGUUGGUAAUAAAAUGUGUAUUUCUUCCACAUUGCUAAAAAUUUUAAAAUACAUAAUUUUGUAUACUAUAUCAUAGUAUUUUGUGUGAAAGCCUUUAUUAACUAUCACUUUGAUGAGUGUGCCAGUUGAAGCAUUUCUUUGAUGGGGUUUAUCCAGUGUCAAGAGAAUGCCUAUUUCUUCUUUAUUCAUCAUUAUAGAACAUUUGUAAAGUUUCUUUUUUGUGAGCAUGGUUUUUACAACAAAGUAAUAGUAUUUUGGGGGAAACACUUGGCAUCAAAAGUUUCAUUCUUAUAUGUGGUACAUAUUUUACGUGAUGAUAAGGUGUUUUAGCAGCAGUCAUUCUAUAUCUUUGAUUUUCACUUAAGACUCCUGAGGUCCUAGUGAUGUCGGGUUAGUGAAGGUAUUACAUCUUAUGAGCUAAUAGUUCAGUGAACUGUAAAGCUAUUCAAGCGAACACAGGUGAGGGAAAGAUGCCAAUUUCUAUUUUUAAGAAAUUUGUCUAUAUCUUCAACAUUUUAGCUUCUUACCUCAGGUAUUUACUAAGAUAGCAGCUCCAGCUGCUAUAAUAAUGUAGUGUUUCAAAUAUAUAGGAAUCUACAAGUCUUAGCUUGUCCUAGUUUCAAAAGAAAUGAUAAGCUAGCAAUGUCCUCCUCAUAUUGUUGAAGAGUACUGAAAACUAACCCUUUCUGGAGGAAGCUGCAUGGUGGACAGAAAUUGCAUUUCGAUAUUCAUUGGUGAGGUUAUUCAUAAUUCCAGAUUCAGUUUGUAGUCAAAUAUCCAUCUGAAGUAGUUUUAAGGUUGUGUCAUAGUUUUGGUUUCAUGUCAUGAUUGUAGAACCACUAUGCUGUGUGUUGGUGACAGUAGUACACAAUUUUGUUGCUUAUUUGCAUCAGGAUAAAAUUAUUUUUUAGAAAUAUUCUUUUUGUUCAUGAGCUUGGCGAUAUAAAUUUUGUUAGUUUCAUGACUAUCCAUUAAUGUCUUACAGUAUUGGCACAUUUCCACAAAUGGGAAAUCCCAAUCACUGGAUUCAUUUUACACAAGAUUGAGAAGCUUUUUGAGCAUGCUCAGCCCUGUGAUGGUACAACAUAAGUUUGUUGUUUUUCAACAUUCUUGAUCUUUCAUGGAGUGGUAUUUUUAAGUUUUUCAUAGUGCCCUUAUUUUUUUACAGUCAUCAUUCAUCAGUAAUUUUUUUAUGCUUUGGAUUUUUUUCCAGAUACCAGUAAUGUAGUGUUUGUUUUGUAAUUGUGUGUGUUGGGUGAUGGCUUAUAACACACCAUUUGUCUUACUCUGGAAAUUGGUUUUUCAUUUUUAUUUGCUACCUUUGUGUUAUUGUGAAGUAAGAUUUUUGACUUUGUGUUUCUCAGUUCAUUCAGUAUUUUCUUUUUCUCUUUGAAAUGGGUGGUUUUCUUUUCCACUUUCAUGAUGCAGUAGUUAAUUCUUGUUGGUUAAUGGCCAGUUUUUUAAACCUUAUUGAAUCUUUUCAUUUUGGACCAUUUAUUUUUUUUAAUCUAUUACACGUUACUUAUAUUAUAGCAAUAACGUAAGUUUUUCAUUAAUUUCUAAAAAUUUCACCCUUCACUUGUCAUUUUUUCUAUUACUGUUGAUCUGUGCCUUUUGUGUUUUGUAGGCCUGGUUAUUUAUUUUGACCAGUGAUGAGCUUGCCUACCAUUCCUCAGUGUCCUUGUAAGGGCCUGUAGUUAGUUCAGGUUAUCUCAAAUUAUUUAUCUGCAUCCCUGUGUUGUGUGUUUUAGACAGAAGUGCUCUCCCUCCUAGACAUGCUUUGAAAAGUCACCAAAGCAUUGUCAUUGUUUGCCAGGAGGAAAGCUUACAAGUGUUACUGAAACCUUCCAUAGAUGUAGUGUAAUAGUAGUUUCUGUCUCUUUUGCAGUCUAAAGAAAUUUAUUUUUAUUUCCUAAGUGGGGUUUUCAGUCUGUGCUACUUGUACCCAUAAGUUCUCCCCUUGAGAGUCAUGUCAUUAGUGUUCCCAAUUAGUAUUGUCAUUUUGCCUAGAAAAGAUAAAAAAAAAAAAAAAAAUUGUUGAAGACCUCCACAGAUACUGUGGCUUAGUCUCCCUCUGGAAUAUUUCAAGUACUAUACUAUUUUUCAUAUUUGUAUAAGCUCAGGGACAACUGUGCAUGUGCAUAUGGGUAUGUGAACUGAAAACCAGCUUAAUGGUGACCCAAAGUCAGAUGGCAAUGUUUGUAGAAGAGCACAAUUAUCAGCCACGUACCUUUGAAACAGCUAUUCAGUGCUGUUGUUAAUAAACUUAUAAUCCAAAUGUGAACAUCAAAUGUAAUAUUUUUAUAGUUUUUAGACGACGGAUUGAAACUACUUUUACUGAAAGAGCGCUUUUCUCUUGGACUGCAUUCACCUUACUUUUACUAAGAGAGUGCUUUUCUCAUGGACUGCAUUCACCUUUGAUGUAAAUUACUAAGAGUGCUUUUCUCUUGGACUGCAUUCACCUUUAAUGUAAAGAUGAGGCUGGGAUGUCCCUUGUAGGUGGCAUUAUGCCUGCCUUUUAAACUACUGCUUAGCUAUUUUAUGAAAACAAUUCAACGUAUUGUUUACCCCUUCCUAACCCAGGAAGUUGGCACAAAUAAAAGAUAAUAGGUUGUAUCUGGAAACAUAAUAGUUGAAAAUUAUUUUAUUUUUUGUAGGGGGAGCCAUGCAAAGUUUUUUUUACAAGAGUGCGAGAAGCUUUAAAUGUUGAUUUUAGUUCUACAAUGCAGUUUUGUAACUGAAGUGUAUUACUGAGAAUAUUUUGACCUUGGAAUGAAUUGAUUAUACUUAACAUUUAACGGUUGGCAUAAUCCAGAUAGAAUGUUGCCUUGCUCCAUGUCAGACACCUCAAAUAGGUUUAGCAAAGAGCCAGUUUGAAAGUGAAGUGAAAAGGUUAAUUUUCAGAACAAUAUUAAAUGCUCAAUUCUUUGAAUGUACGACAUUAAUAAUUUAUCAUGCAAAAAGUACUUCAAAUUUAGUGGGAUUAUAAGCACUUGAUUAUUUGAAAAAAUGUUGACAUUUAGUUUACAUCUACACUCAGGUAUUGUAAUAUGUGCAUGGGUAAUAGGUUUAUGAAAGUAGGUGUGUGAAUGGGUUGUUGUACGAGGGAUUUUCUAAGUUAUGUAUUUUCAUUGGUUCUUUUAUUUUUUGUAUGACAGGUUGUAUGAAUGCAAAAUCUUUAGCAAUAUCAAUUGUUUCAAAGAUUUGGUUUCAUUUGGGGCAUUUGUGUGUACCUGGACUGCAUGUCAGUAUUUGCAUGGAUAAGUUGCAAGAGGAUAAAAAAAAUUGCAGAUAAUUUUGAUUUCUCACAACAGGGUAAAUUUUGUUUAAUAUUUUGAAUUUUAUUGUUGAGUAUUUUUUAAAAUGUUUUCUUUUGUCAGGUACACCUCAAAUGAAAGGUAUGUUAUAACUAAUGACAAAAGUUAUCAGGUUUGUAGGGUACAAUACACAUCAAAAUUGCUUAUUCAUAUGAUAUUUUGGAGUCUUGUCAUUCAUUAAAGGAUUAAAGCCUUUUCUACAUCUCUUAAGAGGCAUGUAACUAUGACACAGUCUGUAUUGCACUAUGUAAGUCAUAGUGCUGUAAACAUAUGUAAUAUAUUUUAAAUCUUGA